AUGUUUCGCCGCCCGAUCCUGGCCAUUCUUUCACAUGCUUUUUCGGAAGGACUUGGGCGGCCCCAGAAUGAAGCUUUUGUGCUGGGCAGAGAGACGCGCGACGAGCUCCUGGCAUUGAGUUGUCUCGGCCCAGUGUUUAACAGACUUGCGGGCCUCCUACGUUCCAUAUAUGUUUUCUGCACGGAUGCCAGCCCUGACGGAGCUGGGAUUUGUCAGGCUGCGGAAUCUCCUGACACUGUCGCAGAGUUAUGGCGACAUAGCGAACAACGGGGGUACUAUACACAGCUUCUCAGCCCUGCUGCUGAAAUCCUUGCUAGUAAAAGUGAAGAGUUUUCCGAAGUGUACGGCCGUCGUCCCCGGGUAGGAGAAGCAGUGUCAUCGUUCUCAGCUUCGUACCCCUUGUGCGCCAAGAUGGCGGCUGGUGCCUGGCACGCUCGGCGUGACACAGUUCCGGUCAUUCCCUUGACAGCUCACUUGAAGUCGCUGGAUCGCAUCGGUGAGUCAUGCGCUAUCCCGAGCCUCCCGAGCAGUGUGAUUCGCACCGCGGUUGCUGAUUUGCCUCUGUGGCUCCUCGAUUUGAGGAACAAACGAUGUGACAGAUUUGAGCGGGUGUUAGCUUCUAGCAAGUGCCCUAAACUGGCGGCGCGCUGGCUACGCUUCCUGUUGUUGCUAGCCGGCGACAUAGAGAAUCCUGGACCAUCGUCCGGCUUCCAAACCACGACGCCCGUGCCUCGAGGUCCUCUCGACAUGAAUGUCGGUUUCGCAACAGCGACCUCUGGUCGCAUGCAGCUUUGUCUGGAAGCCUUUGCAAUUUGGCUGAGGUUUGAAUUUGACGUCUCGAGCAGAUUGGUUGGGAUUUUGCUGCAGGUCCUCUUGCAGUACGUGCCUACGGGAUGCGUUUGUUUGCAGCUGGGCACCCCCGGUACAAAUUUGUCUACACUAUCACAGCCAUGCAGGAUGCUUUCCACAUUUGAGACCCUUUUUCAGUUCAGGUUGGCAGGUUGA